UUAGUCAAGUGCAUUGUUCAUUGAAUACGGAUUACCGCCGCAUUAUGUCCGUCAAGCCGUAGUUUUUUGCGUGGUUAUAUUUGGUGAAGUCGCGCGUGACGAGUUAUGCAACGUACGCCGCGAAAGGGCGGCCCGCGCGGGGCGAUCGGACGUCGCGGCAGCUGACCUACUUAAACCGGCCAGCUAUCGUCGUAUCCGACGCGGCGGCAAAUCGGCAGCAGCGACUGAGAGGAGGUUCGUUGACAGAUCUAGGCGAAAGAACGACGACAGGUCGCAUAACGACGUGUCUCGCUCGGUCGGACGAAAUCGCGAAUUGAUGCCGAUGGAGGCCUGCUACGAGAGGAGGGGGGAGGACACAUUUUGGAAAUUGCGUCUUUCCGCGACAGCUCGCCGACGUGCCAGUGCCGUAACGUGCGGUGUGCGGCGGCACCCGUAAUAAGGUGGUCGAGCAAACCGACAUACAUUCAUUCGUUCGUUCGUCCGUCCUUCCUCUAUCUAGCCGAGAACCUCUUGUGAUGUUUGACGACUCUCUCUCUUUCUUUCUUCCUCACUCGAUCGCUCGCUCACUCUCGCUCGCUCUCCCUCUUUUUCCCUCUCGCUCUAUCUCUGUUAUCUCUCUCUCUCUCUCUCUCUCUUUAUCUCUCUCUCUCUCUCUCUCUCUCUCUGUGUGUGAUGAUGCAUGACGACACUCGUGCCGCAACAGCGUGUCGUCCGGAACGACGUGCACGAGCGAGUGAUCAAACGCCAGCGUUCGCGAUAUUACGCUCGUGCUCACAUUUCCCUUUCGUUGACCACUGCCGUACCCAUGCGGCGUAAUGCCAAGCGCAGAGCGCUCUCUCUCUCUUUCUCUUCCCCUCGUGUACACACACGCACACAUAUCGUCGAAAUGGCAGGCUGAGAUGGUAAUUCUGCGCGAUGCAAAUCAGUGUGAAGCGAUGCGCGCGUUUCGUACAGCUGAGAAUUAUCACGCUCACGUGACUCCGUCUUCGGUUAUCGCGACCGAUACUACAGUCGCGGUUGGCACGCGAGCGAUCUUCGAACCUGUCGCGUCUCGUAUUCACGUAAAAAACGCGCUCACAGCGCCGGGUCCUGAUCGCGAGGCUAAAUCACUCGUUCCUCACCGUGAACACAGCGUCGGCUCGAGAGCGAACGAUCCGGUUGGCAAUAUUUCUCCCUAGCGAGAAAUACGCGGCAUGCGGGCGUGCGGUAUGCGUGGCGGCCACGUACACGAGUACUACGGCCCUGCGGUUCUCGCGCUGUCAGAGCGCGACAGUGCGCCGGACGCUCGCUUGACUAAGGGAGUGUCCGUGCCGAUGCAAAGUGUAAGUGAAGUGGCCUACAGACCUACAUUUGUCUAACGUUCCAUUUUUUUACGGCCCGGACUGACAGGAGGUUAACAAUCCGCGUGCGAGGUAUCUCUUUUCUGUAAGCGUGGCGUGUGCGUGCGCGUGCGAUGCCGUCGUCCUGCGACGAUUUACCGUCGUACAGCUGAAGGCGGGAGAGAGAAAGAGAAAGCAAAGAGUGAACGAGCAAGCGAGUAAGCGAGGCAGUGGUGCAGUUUCGGUACGCUGCUGUCGGACACGGCGCUCUGACCGGCGCGCGGGGCGGUAGUAGUAAAAAAGGGAAAGAGAGAGAGAGAGAGAGAGAGAGAGACGUGCGCGAGCGUGGUAGAGAGAAGGCAAACUGGUGGCAGGAGAGAGAAGGAGAACGCUAGGAAGACGCGCGCGAGCGAGACGUCGAAGGCGAGAGUGAGUGAGAGAGAGAGAGAGGAAAGCGAGAGUGAGAAAGGUUGAGGAGAUACGGAGCGAGACGGAAGAGAGAAAGAGAGUGAGAGUGAGAACGAGAAAAGGAGGGAAAGAGAAAGAGGGAGCGCGUAAAAGAGUGUAGGUGUUCUUCCGAGGAGAAGAGAGAGCGCGUGUGCUCGCCGUGACGACGUGCAGGAGGAGGGACUCUGUCUAUCCAUCUGUCUGUCCGUCUGCUGGAAUGCACGAGGGCCAAAUGGCUACGGGAACGGGGGAGAGCGGGGAAGAACCCGCGACGAUCCUCGACAACAACACCACCGGCAUCGCGACGACAGCCCCUCUCACGGAAUCGUCCACGUCGUCCUCCUCCUCUGCCGCGGCUGUGCCGACGAUCCUGACGGAGAGUACCGCUACGAGCGCCGGUAACCUGCCCUUGACGGGAUCCCAACAACAGAGCCUGCAUCAGGUGCAUCCGCAGCAUCAACAGACGCAACAACAGCAACUGCGAUCAAGGGUCAGUUUGAUCAGCGACGUGGCCGCCAAUGAUGUCGCAGCCAAGCCUGUUUCCGCCUAAACAUCUGCCCCGUUCCACGUUCGAGAUGAAUCUGAGGAAAACAUGUUACUUAAAACACCUUUCUAAGACGCUUCGAACUAUCUUGCUUUUUUAUUUAUGGUGAAAGGAAAUGUUCUACGGAAAUUGAAUACGCAGCUACUGAGCCUCUUACUUAUAGAACGAUACAACUAGUCUCGACAAACCCGAUAUGUGAUGAAUUGCGCACGAUUUACCGGUAGUAUUAAUGCGUAAUUAAGAUAGUCGACAUCGGCCCCACAUAUUCGAUCGCACACGUUUAGGUAACUUCAACGAGCCGCCUGUAUCUUAGCAUGCCUUGCGAUACUCGAGUGCUAAGUUACCGCACCAUUUCCGCGAUUAUUAGCGACGGUGGGCGCUGUAUCUCAUCGUUAUUAGUAUCUUGUUACACAGAUAAUUAAGACCCCGCAAAUAAUGAAAGGAAGUAUUAUCCGGCGUUACUUUCGAGCAUUAGACACAACCUAGAAAAAAGAAACGUAACUCGAAUCGAAGUUUGGGUUCUCAGUUUAUCACUGUAAAUUCCGCUGGACUUGAAGGAUCAAUUGAAAAUCUCGAAAUGCAACACUAUCUAAACUAUCGUCCUACAUUGAUACAAUAAAUGUUCAUUUAUGCUUUCUUCACAUUGAUGCUUAAAGAAAGACAUUAUAUAAUUAUCUAAUAUUUGUUUAUCUCGACAUUCCACUUGCAUUUUAUUUUACUUGUACUGUUAAUUUCAAUAUAUAGCAUAUUAUGACUUUUUCAACUUCAGAUAGAACAUAGAGAGAUAAGCAAAUAUUAAAUAAUUAAUAUAAAUACAUAUAAAUAAACAGGGAAAAUUUUCCUUAUUUUGUCUUUGGUUCCCAAACAAUUUUCCUUUUACCUAGAAUUUCUAUAUCCUAUCGAAACUUUUUAACAUCAAUAAAAAAUAAAAAAUGAUGAGGGUAUUUGAAUAAAAUUUUCCUUGUUUACCCAUUGAUUCCAUUGUAUGCUCAUAAUAAUAAUUGGUUUAAUUUUUUAAGAUCAAAAAAAGACUGAAAACAAUAAUUAGAAUAUUAUUUUUCAUGUUAGAAAAUUUCGAUAGAAUUUAGAGAUUCUAAAAAGAUAAAAUUGUAAAGGACAAGGAUAGAAGUCGUAUGUUCAAUAAUGCUGCGCAUCAAUAGAGAUUGGUAGUAGAUUCUAAGGUCAGUUUUUAUGGUUAUAAAUUGAUUAUGAUCUUUGAUCAUUGAUUGAUAAAUUGAUUACGAUCCAAUUAAUAUUCAUGGAUCGUUAUUCAGCUGUUUGCAUCAGCGUUUCUUGGUAUAUGAAAUAAAUAUACGUAUAAAUUGACGAGUAAUCAAAGUGAGAGAGAGAAUUUUGCGAAAUCGUAAUAUCUAUCAAAUAACAACGCACUAUAUAUGAAUACUUAAAUUUCGAGAGAGUAUCUCCUUAUUCUCAACGUACUCAUCAAACUAUUAAAAUCGAAAACCUGUAUAAUAAACUUGACAUAUUUGGAAAUAUACGAUAUAUCGCACUAGCUGUGUCCAACAUCCUCUAUUCUGGCUCCCCCUCCUCCCCCGAUUCAACGUCCUGGCCUCCAGCUGCUCCAUUGUGGCAUUCCGGUUACUUCCUCAUGGCACUGACAUCGACAUUGGCAUUGACACUCGCGUAGAUACGACGAGAAUUUUUGUCGGAGAAACACGUGUCACAAUUAACGCAAUGCCGGCGAUUAAAUAUUCCUAGAAGCGACGGGAAUAUCGUAUAUACGCGAUCGAGAUAUUCAGUCUGCACAGUGGUGUGCGUCGCGCUCGCCGGCCCGGAACAUAAUAACAUUUCGCUCGCGGAAAAUUACGCGACAAUGCCAAAACAAUGGGCAAAAAGGGCGACGCUAUGCCGCCCAACAUCGUCACCUCACGGAUGGAUAGUCGCAGAAAUCACAAUAAUCAUCGCUAUCAAAGCAUUCUGGAAUCUCGUAGCGGUCAAUGUUACUUUUGUGUGUUUCAUUGCGUUACAAACCGGCGAACGAUACGACACACAGUGAACGAUUUGACUAUCUUUCGGGGCAAAAAUCUGUUCCGCCACAAUUUUUUACCAAUCGUAAUAAUUAUUUUUGCAAAUUACUCGUUAGACUUCCAGUUUUAAUAACUACUUGCUACAAAUUGCGGAAACGCUGUUAUUUUUUUGUGGUCUUACAAUAGAAGAUGAAAAAACUUUGUUGUACAAAGUCAAUCGUCAUACAUGCAAAAAAUGAUUCGGUUGGCAUAACCGAAUUUCAGUUACGACAACCAAAAUUUUCGGUUCCUCAAGAAUUAACUGAAAAAUCGGUUGCUACAAAAAAGAAAUCCUGUUGGAAAGUUUCUGUUGUGCCAAACAUAUAUUCGGUUAUCCCGAAUUGAAAUGUUGUGAAAGAUACAAAUUUCGUUUGUCCCAACCUAUACUUCAAUUCAUACAUGAAUAUUUCAGCUAUUAGGAAUAGAUUAAUAUUUAACAAAAUAUAUAUUCCUAGUUUUUUCAUAUUCCUUAGUUUUUUCAUCUCUUAUAAACUACUACGAUAUCGAAGGUUGUCAAACACUCCAAAGCUUUCGUGAAUCCUCCCCCCCCGAAAAUUACGACCCCAAGCGGUAUAUACCACCAGGUCACCACCCAUUCAUGCCUAACUCCGUUAAAGUGUUGCUUAACCUGACGAUCGAGCGGUACGCAGCGAUUCUCGAUGACUCCAACGAUAUUCUUACGACUUAUGCUUAUAUAAUGUAUCCUUAUGAUAUACAUGUUCACAGUAUAUUAUAACAUACCUAGCAAACACUAAAUAAUAAUUAUAUAAUUUUUACUUGAUGUUUGUUAGAUAAUUUGCUGAUAGGUAUUGGAACAAUGCAACAACAUUCGAUACGUGAAUAUUAAUAUAGUGUAGUGAAUCGGUAGUAAUUACUUUUAAAUUUUUAACAGAAUGUUAUAAUGAUUAAUCCAAACAAACAGAAAUAAAAAAAUUCAAGAAAAUCCAAAUUAAACAAAUCGAAUUACUAAAUUUCGAAAGAAACUUUUAAAAAAUACUACUUAAAACAAUAGUGUUAUUUUAUCAAAUGACAUGGUUUCCUUGAACGAAAGAAAGGUUUUACGAAAAUAUGGCUUAUCUAACAAUACGGAUCACUAUUCAUAGCAGCAACAUUCAACUAUUCUUUCAACCAAAUCUUCUCGGUUUCGGUAACCUUGAUGUUGUUUCUUGUUGCUGUGUACCAUUCAAUCUGAUAUUCUCUGUGAGAACAACAGAAUAAUCAUUUGCGACAACCAUUUUUUUGGAACGGAAAAUUUUAGUUCCUUCAAUCAAAAGCAAUCGUUGAUGUGAAUAAUUCUUCAGUUAUUGGAACAGAUUUUUCUGUUAUUGCAACUGAACCUCGUCUAACAGAAAGUUUCUAGCUGUCACUACAGAAUAUUUUUUGCGUGUAGAACAUAAUGUAUGAUAUAGCAUGAGGUAAAAUAUAAAGAAAUAUAAAUGAAAUCGAGUGGCUACAAAAUCCUAAAUCUUAAACCUUUAAACCCUAAGUCCUUGAACUUUUCAACCCUAAGCACUAAAUCCUAAAAUCCAAAAUUUUGAAACUGUAAAUUCUAGGUCCUUAAACCUAACGUUUAUGUAGCCACUCGAUUUCAUUUAUAUUUCCUUACAUUUUACUUUAUCUUACAUUUUACAUUAUAUCUACGUCAAGUUCUAUGACGAUUGGCUUUGUAUAACAAAGCCGUUCGAAUUUCUCAUACUUCUUUGGCGUUUUUUCAUGUUCUAUUGUAAGACCAUAAGAAAAUAACAGCGUUUCCGCAAUUUGUAGCAAGUAGCUGUUAGAACUGAAAGUCCAACGAGUUAUUUGCAAAAAGAAUUGGUAAAAUAUUGUGACGGAAUAGAUUUUUGCCCCGAAAAGUAGUCAAAUCGCUCAUUGUGCGACGGUGCACGUGUGUCGAUACGUUAGUUAUUAUUUCUCGCGGCUCUGAUCAAAAUAUUUCGUCGACUCUCGAAAUAUUUAAUCGGGCUCUCAUCGGCAUCGCGUUAAUUAGCUCACGUAACACCGAUCGAAUCGUAUCUCACGUGAGUGAAUCAGUGUCAGUGCCAUGAGCGAAUGUCGCGACAGAGCAGCUGGUAGUCUGGACACUGAAAUCGGGAAGCCAAGAUGAAGGACGCAAAACACUGAAACACGUACGGUAUCACAUGUUUUCAGGUACAUGAAAUUAUUUUUUAUACAAAAAGUUUAUUAUUUUAAUGACUGUUUGAGGAACAUAGCAAAAAUAGGAGAACACACAAAACUUCGACCCAUAUUCAUAGUCUAUUAUUAUUAGACAAGUAAUGAAAGCUCUAAAUAAAUCUCUGAUUAUUCGUCAAUCUGCACAUAUACUUAUUUAAUGUAUCAACACGAAACGUUAAUCUAAACAAUCGAUUAACAGUUUUCACAAUUUUCGACAUUAACGAAAAAAAUAUGAUUAUAAAUAAAGAAAGUUUAUCGUCUUUUUUAUACAUAUUAAUCCUAUUACUUAUUUUUCCUAAUAAUUUAAUAUGCUUGCUUAUUCCAUAUAUUUUAUCUACAAUUAAAAAAAAUUUUAUAAUUUAAUGCGUUGCUUACUAUAUUUAAGAACAACAAAGCAAUGUGGAAAUAAUCGAAUAUUAAAUAAUUCCUUAUUUAAUUAUCAACAAUGAGAAAACGACACUAAGUAACUAUAUUGCAUGCAAGUAGGAUGAUAGCCAAUUUGUAGAAUUAAUACAAAAAUAAAAUUUCGACUCGGGAGUUUAGUCCGCCGAUUUUCUCAUAACGAAAAAUUCGUUAUUGUCUUCUUAUUUAUGUUAUCUAUGACGUAAAAAAUACGUUUAUCGUACUAGUACCAUAUCAUACAGUAUUAUAUCGAUAAUUUAAAGAAAUAUUCUGCUUUAAAAGAUCGCAAAGAAAAUAUUUUUCCGGAAUUUUUAUAACGAAAGGCCGAAUGUAAUAAAUGUUGAACUUUUUAUUUCCUUUUAACCUUAUUUUAAAAAUAUAUUCUUGAUAUCUAAGUGACAAAAACGCAUAUGUGAACCACUAUAACAGUGUGAACCACUAUAAUAGAAAUUGAGUAAAAGUUAACAAAGUUGCAAAUAUCUUAAUAGAAUAUUAUUAAAUUUUCAGUUCUUUUAUAGUAAAAAAAAUUAAUAUUUUAAAAUUAAAUAUUUUCAC